AUGAAAGAACCUCGAGUUUCACUCAUCUUCUUUAUCAGCCUCUCCCUCUUCACCACUUUCGUUAUCCUCAUCAUUACCAUUCUCUUCGGUAUUGUCAUCGUCCUCCUCAUCAUUCCCGUUCUCUUCCGUAUUAUCAUCUUCGGUAUUGGGUACGCUUUAGCUAAAAUCCAAGCUUCGCAUUCAGGAACUCACCAAUCGUCGAGGAGUCUCGUGACAAUUGCUUCAGAUAUCUACAACAUCGGCGGACCCAUAGACGACGACGACCGCUCGUCUAACGUCUCGAUCCUCGACUGCCGGUCCAACACGUGGCGCGAGGGUCCAAAGAUGCUGGUGAAACGGAGUUGCACUGCCGCCAAUGUCGUUGACGGAAAGAUAUACGUAACAGGAGGCUGCUUAGACGGCUUCCAAGACUGCAGCCGUCCUUGCGAUUGGAUGGAAGUUUUCGAUCCAAAGACUCAAACUUGGGAGCUUGUGCCAAGCCAGGGCGCGAAGAUAUGUGGAUGUGCGAUAAGUAAAAGCGCAGGAGCCGAUGGAAAAGUAUACGUUUUCGGAAGCUGUAAGGGUUUGGCUUACGAACCGAGUGAAGGUAGAUGGGAAAGGUUGGGAUGGGAUAUGGAUUAUGGUUGGGAUUGGUUUUCUUAUCGUGUGAUUGGCGGUGUGCUCUACAUGUUUAACGAGGGAGUGUUCAAAUGGUAUGAGGGUAAGGCGGGAGUUUGGAGGGUUGUGAAAGGUGUGAAAGGAUUGCCUAAGAUUCCUCGGUAUAUUGCUAAAUUGGCGGAUUAUGGUGGGAAGAUGGUUGUGUUGUGGGAGAAGGUUGUGGCGUAUAAGGAGAAGAUGGUUCUGUGUGCGGUGAUUGCGCUUGAAAGGCGUGACGAUGAAGAGAUUUGGGGGAAGGUCGAGUGGUUUGACACUGUGUUUACAGUUCCCAACAAGUCAUGUAGUAUUGAGUGUGCUCUUGGUGUUACCGUUUGA